UUGCUGCUGUGCAGACAGGUGCAACGGCUGUAGUGGAGGCGUUCCGAUGUUCCCAUACAAACAGUUAUCUGGGGAUAAUGUCACGGACAUGAACAACAGCCUAGGCUAAGUGGUCGGUCGGUAUAUUCUCUCUAUUGACAAACUUUUCUUGAGCCCGGCUAAGCGAGAUUUUCCGCGUUUCUAUCACUGUCCUUGCAGUUUGAUGCUGGCAUUGAGUCAAAGGCGCUCCCAUGUGAUGACCUGGAGAUUUUAAAAAAAACAAUGGCAGUCCAAAGAAACGUUAAAGGUGGGGUAACGCUAAUCGGCAGAGUGAAAUAUGCAACCAUUGCUAUUUUAGCGCGUGAAAAAACCCGCUAAAUAAUUAAAUUAGUAGGGGUAGCCGCCUAUUUAUAGCCUAACACUAACAUCACAUCAAGUUUAAUUAAGCUACCUUGCAGCAAUUACCCAGCCUAACAUUUUUUUCUUUGAAUUUGGGGUGGCCCAAUUAGUCAAACGAACCAGGUGUGCAGAUAUAUAUGGAAAUCAAAAUACAUAACAUUAGCUGGCCAAAAUGUAUUGCAAGUCAUACCACCACGAAUACAAUUGAUGGGCUCCAUCCAAUAUCUCAGUUAGCUAAGGUUAUGUAGCUGGUGUGAUUCUCCGUCAUCUUUCUUUGAUUUAGGAUAUGACAUCCUUUAUUCAACCAUUCACAAACUGAAAUGAACCAAUGCUCGCAAACACAUGCAUCGUUGUUGCUCAACCAGCUAGGCUACCUAAAAACGAAAGCCUGGACAGUGGAACUGGAAGUUGGAAAAGCGUUUGGUUAACCAUAGCCUUUCCUGAUGUCAGUGCGCUCGCGCCUGUAGGAAAAUACCUGCCUGGCUGAUCUUGCUGUAAAAGGAAUGUCUCUGCAAUAACCCGUCUAUUUUAUACAUUUCAUAUAUUCUUUGCGAAAUAUCUGGAACUUCCUCGUCCUCUUAUUUGCUGUGUCACCACGUUUUUAUUUCCAAAUCUACAGCCACGGAGUGGAAAACAGUAUCAGUUUUAGCUUAGCAACGGAGAGGUUUGUUACUCGCUACACCUUGAUUGACAAAACUUUACAUCCAAUGGCAUGGCGGUGGUUUUUGUCCAGGCUCGGGAUUACGAACCAAUACAAUUUGUUGUGAAAGGUUCAGAGUUCACUCUGGUGCACGUGGUUUAAAAUGGCUGCGCCCUUCACUAAAUAAUGAUACAGAAGAAAAUAUUGAAACAGCUAAACCCCACCAAAGAAGAAGAAACAGCUAAACAUUUACAGCACAUAGCUACAUUAGAGCUGAAACAUCGCUAAGGGAAUCUUGCUGAAGAUGUCAGAAAACAGCAAUGUCGUUGUACAGAAAGGCACAAGCCGCACAGUUUCCAGAGCCCUGAUCAUUCAAAUGAUGGCGGAAAAUUUCGAACGGUUGCCUGAACUUGACAGGAAAAUCUUCACCUAUGGCCCCAUGUACCUGGGAGGUAAUGGGGCAUUUGCAGGACUGAUUGCCAACAGCUUAUACAGGAGAGCACUGAAUGUCACUCAAGGGCGUUUUACAUCAAAUCUCCCAAUGGCUGUCCUACCAUUCUUGACAACAGUGGCCAUGUAUAAUGUAGCUGUAUCCAAACCAUUAUUGUCUGGUGACCUUAACUGUCCAACCUGUGUCCUGAUAAGAGGUGCCCUUGUCGGCGCAGUUGGUGCUGGCGUAUAUCCUAUUCUGUUGGCUUUGCCUGUGAAUGCAGGCCUUGCAACCAGGUACAACACUACACCAUUGCCAGAAAAGGGAAACGUCCUCCGUUUUUGGAUGAACAUUACCCAACCCAUCUUAAGGAAAAUGGGUGUUGUGAUAGUACUACAGGUGUUCUUUGGAACCUACCUAAGCUCCAGACACUUUGACAGCUACUUGAAGUUGAUUCAGUUGUCAACCACAAAUGGCGAGGAGCUUCAGGAUUAAAACAGUUUCAAACCAA